GUCGAAAGAUCGGUAUUGACCGGUUAACCAACUAAUAGAAACCGGUCUUGAGUAAUUGAGGAGUUUCAUGAGGGGAGAGGAUAAUACAAAGAUAUAACAUAAGGUCUUUCGAGCAUUAUUUUAUUCAUAUAUCAUUGACUGAAAGAUAUUAAUCAACUGGUUUUGAAAAGAUCUUAAUAAUAUGGGGAAAAAAACUAGAAGAAUUCAAUCUAUAUCUGAGAGGCGAGGUCUUCAGGAUGAACUUUUGCGUAUUACUGCAAUGCAAGAAGGUGUUACUAGUGCCAAGCUGGAAUGGCAAGCGCACGAACAAACACGUUCCCUAGUCGAUAAAAUAAGAAAUCUAGAGGCGACCUUUGAACGGCCAACCACGCCGAGAAAGGAGCGCAUGGAAGCGCUACUGGAGUGGGCAAAGGAUUCGCUAAAGAUUGAUGUAUCGAGCAUAAAAAUUGAAGAAAAUGAAAAGAAAGGAUUUGGUUUUGUUGCCUCUAGGGAUAUGGCCGAGAAUGAGGUAAUUUUGACAAUUCCCGAUAACUACUUUUUGAAACUGCCUAGAAAUGGUCCAGUGGCAAAAUUCAUUAGUCAGGAUAAGAUGCUCAUCUUUAUGCCAAACGUGGCUUUAGCAGUUUAUCUAUUAAGCGAAUAUUUCAAUAAAAAGUCGUUUUGGAAAGUAUACUUCGAUGCUCUUCCCGAUUCGUUUGAUACAGUAUUGUAUUGGUCCGACGAAGAGUUAAAAAGACUCAAGGGUUCAGUAGCAUUCGGUGAAGCAAUAAAGCUAUAUCGAAAUAUUGCAAGACAGUACGCUUAUCUAUCAAAAGUCCUGCAGGCUUAUGGUGAUCCACAGCUCCCAUUAAUCUCUUAUGAUCAAUACAGAUGGGCCGUUUCAGUAAUUAUGACUAGACAAAAUGCUUUAAAUCCUGAAGCUUUUAAUACUGCACUUGUUCCCUUGUGGGAUAACUGUAAUCAUGAAGUUAAUGCAGUAGCCAGUACGGAUUAUGUAAUUGCUAAAGAAAAGAUGGAUCAUGGUUACGCCGAAUGUCAUCUUACGCAGGCUGUAAAAGCUGGAAAUCCAAUUACAAUAAACUAUGGCAAGAAGCGAAUUCUGCAGGAUUUACUUUUACAUUGCGGGUUCGUACCAGAGAUUACUAAUGCGUUGGAGAAUCCAAUUCGUAUAAAACUGGGAAUUAGCACGGCCGAUCGAUUGUAUGCUAAACGGUUGAAAUUACUGGCUCUCUUUGGCUUGGAAGCCUCUUGUAGCUACGAAAUUAGCUGUGACCUUCCUGAGAAGUCUCUGCUAUAUGUUUUCAUUAGGGUGUUCCACAUGGAUGAAGCAACCAUCGAAAAAUGGCUGGAAUCUGAUAACUAUUCUGUAAUAUCGAUGCUAGAAGAUUCUCCAGCUGGAGAGGAGAUUGAACGAAAAGCUUGGAAUCUUUUAAAGGAGCGACUAUCUUUGAUUCUUGCUUCCUACACAACCACCAAGGACGAGGAUAUGGCAGCUGCGAAGUCGGAUCAGAAUCGUUUGGCAUUUGCAACUCGUCUAAAAACGGCCGAAAAAUGUGUUUUACAACGGCUAAAAGAAAUUUGUAUUGAGUAUAUAGAACGUUUGGAUAAAGAGAUCCCUUCGUUGGAAAAAUAA